AAAGAGCAGAGUUGCGAUACCCCCACCAUGCCUGUGGUAGUGGGGAAAGAUAAUUCAUAUCUCGUCUUCACAUUUAUGCUCAGGAUGUUGUUCCUCAGGGGAUUUGUUGCACAGUUCUCUGUCAAAAGUUUGUCUGUUUGCAGGUAACAUUUUUCAGCAUAUUCUCUUGUCUUCGUACAUUUAGAAAAUGGAAAAUGAAAACACCCCAUACUCCCAUACACUAGAGGAGUGAAAAUGGGCUCCCAAAUAGGCCCCAAACCCUGUUUUUACUUAAUAAUUAAGAGGGGAAGGUCAGACAGUGAAGAAUCCUGCUGAACCUAAUGAGCCAAAGAGAUAAACCGAGAGCAGACCUCAGGCACGGUCUACAGAGUAGUCCACAGUACACUGCCACUGUUGUAGCCUGUAGUGUAUGAGAGUGUGUGAGAAUGAGCGUGAUUGUAAGUCCAGCGUCUGAGACACCAACACUCAUCAACUUAGAGAGUGGGAGAGGAGGAACUGGUAGUCAAAAGCUGCUUUAACUGGAAAUGAUGAACAAAUGAAAAUGAUGCUUAAUAUGGAGUUUCUGGUUUCACAGAGAUGAAGAUUAUGAAAAUCUGCUAAGAUUAUUUUUAGGGCUUGCUUAAAUCACAUCAGUAAAUAAACACAGACGGAUUGGCAAGCAUAACAGACUUGUGCCAACUGGCAAUAAAAAGGAAAUGACGGUUUUCUUUCAAGGAUAAAUAUAUUGUAGAUGAUUAAGGAAACUUUAGUCUUGCAUGACAUCACCACACCUUCAGUCUUAAACGUUAAUUAACCAAAUAUCUCUGUUAUAAUCAAUUAUCAGGGGAUCUAACCUAAAAUAUAUGACAAAUCUUCUCCUUUAAAAAUUAUAUUUGUGAUGCUUUUUGACAUGCAUGAUGACAAAUGUCUAAUAAAAGGCACUUUUUGAUAAUAUUCAUUAAAUAACUGCACAGGUUCCUCCCUUCUCCCUCAACUUAGAGAGCGGGUGAGUUCUGUCAAGUAGGAUGUAAUAGUCAGGCCAUUCAUUACCGAUGAUUAACACAGCGUUUCUCUCCAUGCCUCUCAGGAAACAUGGUGAGCAAGGAGGGUGGCAAAUGCAUGCUCACCAACUCAGAGUCUGACUCGGAGGCAGCGCCCUUGCCCUCCACCUCGCUGGCACUGGAGGUGAAGUAUUCCCUGGAAGCCAGUCGACAGGUGAGGAAGAGAAACAAGGCCCUGCAAGUGCGUUUCAAGGAUAUCUGCGAGGCACAGAACGAGCAAAGGGAGGCGGAGUUGCAGGCAGCAGGGAAAGGCGGCAAGCCGAUCUCCUACAAAGUGGCGUACCGCAAGUACAUGACCGUCCCUGCCCGCCGGUCCAUCCCGAACGUCACCAGGAGCACAGGCGUGCAGACGUCCCCCGAUCUGAAGAAACGCUAUCAGACCUUUCCCUUUGAGCGCAAAAAAGGCCACACCUUUAAACACGUGGCGGCCGUGGAAACGUAUAGAGGUCAGAAUAACGGUUUUGUCAUGGAGGUAAAGCAGUCCAAGGCUGCUGAGCAGGGUUUAGAUGAGGAGGAGGAGGGAGCCUGCGGUGGGAGUGGAGUCCGGAGGACCAGGGCUCUGCUCCAUACUAAUGAGUGCAUUGCCACAGUGGAGCAGCACACUGCACCUGAUGGCCUGUGCUCUGACGCUCUGCAGCUCAGUUGCUCUGCAGACACAGACUGCCUUGCCGGCACACAGCGAGGAAGCCGAGCCGGAGCGCAGGCUGAGUACCAGCUCUGCAGUGUCCCAUCCAAAGCCAGGACAGGAUUACAACACAGGGAGGCCGAUACAGAGCGCUCGGCAAAGAGGCAGCUGCAUAAUCUGGAGGAGGGCUCGUCCCGGACCCUGCCGGACAGGGCCUCCAAGGUUACGGGCCCCAUCGCCUGGAACUCCCUCACGCAGGUGGAGUGCCUGGAAAGUCCGUCUGUGCGUAGCAAGCGGAAGAAAGCACUGCAGCUUAACGGGCUGCAGAGUGAGACACUACCACGUUCCAGCAGAGGCUGUACAACACAGGCACAGUGCCACACAGGACAGCUAUCUGCCCGGCCUCUACGGGGCAUGGAUGAGCCUCUGACACCCUGUAGAGGUGGCGAGGCUCGUGGGGCAGCUCCCGACCACACACGGGAGGCCUGCAAGCAAAUAGUGCCUAUGAAUCAGGACGGGGAUGUUAAAGCACAGCUCCAGGCCAUGGAAAAUCUCAUCAGCUCCAGCCAAGAGACCAUCAAGGUGCUGCUGGGGGUCAUCCAGGAACUGGAGAAGGGGGAGGCCCACAGAGAAGGACUCACCUAUCGAACAGGACAGGACACGGCCAACUGCGACACAUGCCGGAACAGCGCAUGCAUUAUUUACAGUGUGGAGCUGGACUUCAAGCAGCAGGAGGACAAGCUACAGCCGCUGAUGAUGAGGCUUUGCCCUACGCCGGACGGCCACUUCGCCUCCCUGCCUUACCCCCAGGAGGCCUUCACCUCCACCCCAAAACGCAAGUCCAAAGCUGACUCCAAGAAGCACGCUCGCUGGAAACUUUGGUUCCUGUGAAAACGCGGAACCGACAACCUCACCCGCUACUGAUGCACAGGAUUUAUGCGUCCGUCUGGUCGUCCAAAUUUGUUUAUCCAUCUUCUUCGGUUUUUUUGCAGACCUGGUGACUAAUGGAGAGCGCCACCACUGGAUACUGAGAGUCCCCCGUCAGAGACGACAGGAUGUGUAAUGGGACACGGGUGCGGAUUCCAUGGAAAAUUCUAAAUGUCAUGCUUACCAAAAAACGGAUUCAGAGUUAUUUUUGAACUCAUUUCUUCAAACAGGGUGUGAAAUUACACCAGGGCAACAUAUUUGGAGAUCAGCAAGGUGAAAAGACAAAUUUGAUUUCCCUCCGUCUAUUUGCAUAUAUUUUUCUAGCAGACGUCUACGGGGUCCUAUUCUACGAUGACGGUUCAGUGACCGUCACAUUUCUAUUCACCUGUUGGGACUCUGACUUUCUUGCCAGCCUCCAGGAGAGGUUAUCACAGCAUAUCACCGUACUGCUAAAGCACAAUUAACACCGUUCAGGAUACAUUUUCUCCAGAGUAAUUUAAAAAAUAACUAUUUUGAGUAUCAACUCACGUAUGUAGAUCGCCGACUAACUACGACAGAUUGAAGACUUUCAUAAUAUCUAAAGAAGAGACCUAAAGGACAAAGAAGUCAGAGAUGUUUAUUGGAGUUCUACGAUCAACUUUCUAUCCAUCUCUAAAAUGUCUCCUUGAAUCAACUGACUUUGAAGUAAAGAAUGAAUAAAUAACACUUAUUUUCUUAAUAACAUUUGCAAAGUUAGACAUCAAUGUACUUUUUUCUAUAUAAAUAUAUAUAUCUAUAUACAUUCACUUUAAGGUUUAGUGGAAUAUAUUGAUUUGAGCUGCAGUGAAGGGGCUGUGCAUUACAAAAACAAAACACUCCCCUCAUUGAAACCCAACACCCGAAAGUAAACGAGUCCAAUCAAACUUCAUCAGUAUAGAAUAGCAGUGUUCCGUUUCAACAGAGAAAAUCAAGUUUAAAGAUACUUUAUUGCUUCAAUCAUGAAACCAAGUGCAACAGCUAAUGUUGGUUCUGAGCACACGUGAGGGGCAACAGAAGAUAGCUGUGAUUGUAUUGCUGCAGCAUCCUGCACCAGCUACUCCGUUAGCUGCUGAAACCAAGCCAGAGAGACUGAAUGUGCCACUUCUGAUCACAACCAGGGCUUCUACAGUGCAGGGUGGCAGGCGUGUAGCCUUGCAUGCUUUUUACAACUUUUGCAGGAGAUUUUCUAGCUUUUGAAGUAACCAUUUUUUUUAAAGAGAAUGACAAAAGUUUUGCCCCACCCCCUCUUUUCUUUUUUUUUUUAUACUAGCUCCUGCUCAUCGCUUCCCGUCUAUUCGAUUGUAAAGUAAAAACUCUUGUUGUAGCGCUACACAGGGUUCACAGACUAUGUACAGCCAAAAUAAUAUUUGCGUUUACUCUAUAUCAAUACAUGUCGUAUAGCAUCAAAUAGGGCUAAUACCAUAUUAAUGAGUGGGGACGCAGCCAAAAGAAACCGCUACGUCGACAGCGCCUGCAGGAGCUUAGAACUGAAGUCACUCUCAAAGCCAAAAACACUGCCCCAAAAGACAGGAAAUGCGCCAAAGUGGUUUCAAGGGCAUAAAAGAAGCAUCUACUCUCACAAUAUACCUUGCAAACUACUAGACGUCGCUGGUUUGACCUCCACAAGCUCCACCAUGCUGCUUUCUGUUGGCUACAUGUGAUUCACACCUCCACUCUUGUACAUGCCGGGUAGGUUUCUUUCAGUAGUUAUGCUGUAGCAUCAAGAGAGAAUUAGAUGUUUAUCUGUACCUUAAAGAAGUGCAAUUGAUUGAAUAUGUGCAAUACUGUGUUUUUCUACUGUUUUUAAAAAAAAAUAAAAUAAUAAAGAUAUUUAAUAUGCAAAAUAUGAAAAGUAAAAACGGACAUCUACAUAGCUCUGAAAGUCUGGAGAAGACCGACUAUAAUUCGCAAAGGAGAAUAGUAGCAUAGUAAGCAUCAUAGCUCUACUUUCACCAAAGCAAACAAACACUGCUAGCUCUUUUGCCGUUAUUUGCACCAUUAACGGCAAGAAGCGGCUCAGCCGUCACCGUGUUGCGAGGCAUUAUAAAUUCCCCCAAUCACGUAAAAAGCACGUCCAAGCACUUAACAAUAAAAGAUAUUUUAUCACUUACCUUUGAUGGUAUUUAGCAAUUAGCAUCUGUUUGAAUUACAUUUGUUCAGGACUGUUGUGACGUCUGGAUUAUCAAGUGUUGCCGGAAAAGUAUGUUGCUUUUGACAUUUUUCAAAGUCGUGAGCACCUCAAGUGAAAUGUCAUUCACCUCAACUGCAAUUAAGGCGUCAGCAGAAAUCUCAGACGAAUAUCUCAAAACGUGUGCCAACAAAACUAAAACUAUAUGCAUGGGCAAACACGUCUGUGGGGUACGUGAGGAAAUGUCAUGUCGUAUUUGGAGUGAACCAAACGUGAAAUUUAGGAUUUCAUUUAGGCUUAGUUUGAAAAUUCCAGUAUGCAAAACAAUCAACUCGACAAUUAUGUGACGAAAAGCAGGAGGUAAGGUUGAAAAUCCACCUAAAACCAGCCCUGCAUCUCUUUGAUGUAGUGGGGCGGCACAAUGCGGAGCAGAAUACAACAGAGGGAUAAGCAGCGAAGGGCUUUUGGUGCAGGCAGUCAACCUUCCUAAGAACCUGCUUCUGAUCCAAAGCUUGCACUCAUGGCACAGUUUUUGCCCCUCACCAUUAUUACAUCAAUGCUGUGUGUGGUGGACCUUCGGACAUGUCCAUGUGGUCGUGUGCGUGCAUGCUGCGGCCUGAUGUUGCCGCAGACCAGCAGCGAGGUGAACUUGUGAGGUAAACUGGGGACAAAGCUCUGAGUAAAUGCCCCAGAGAAGCAGAGUCACCCUCACAUGGAUGCAUAAAGCUGCAGGGACUGAUGUUGCUCGAGGGCAACACUGCACCCCCCCCCUCUCCUCCUUUCACCCAGUGGAGGGCCAUCUUUACAGGGCUACCCUCGAGUGGUUGUUAACAGCACAGCACUGAGGGUACAAACAAGAACCCCAGCUUCACAUCUCGAAUUCUUACACCCUUUAACCGCAGUCCUCCGUGGUUUGAAGGUGACGAGCGUCACCACGCGACUCCCGGCGGUUUUCACAUAGCUUUGACAGUGAGCACGCGUCUGACGUGAGUUGUCGCAGGGUCAAUAUACUCGAGAGGAUGCUCUGUCAAAGUUUCAGCACAGGUGGAGAGGAGAGGUGCAGAGAGUGAGUGAUAAGUGCACGUUUGAGGCAUUAUGAUUCAGUGCCAUAUCUCACUAUGCUUCUUUUCUGUGAGAGCUCUGCAGCAGUCUGGCCAGCGGGGGUGGGGGGAAGAGAGAGAGAGAGAGAGAGAGAGAGAGAGAGAGAGAGAGAGAGAGAGAGGAAUAUGUGGACGGAAACAGAUAUAAAGACAAAGAUAAAGAGAGUGAGUGAUACAAAGACAGAGCCGCAGAUACCGAUCUGAAUUGAGAUGGCUUUGUUGCAAGAUAUUUGGUCAGCGAGUGCAUGCAGCAAAGAACGAGCUCCAGCCCCUAUAGUUCCAUACUGUCAAUCAAUAGCACAAGUCCUUCCCCUGCAGCUUUCCUCUCCAUUCCUUCUGCACACUGCAGGUAAAUCGGCAGGAUAACCAGGAAGCAAUGCAGCCAACUCUGACCACAACAUUCAAGUAGAGCUCAGGUCUGUUAGGUAUACGGUAUUAUUGAUUUUGACAUUUAGGUGUUAGCUGACCAUGCAAAGCAAAAUUGCAAAGGUCAGUAUGGCUAACAUGACAGGAUAAGAAAAACACAAAGCUUUGCUUUUAUUGGUUUGGUUGGAACUUUAAAAGCAGAGGAUUUUCCCAGCAGCAUCUUACUACCCGUGUGUAUCAGGGCUCAUCCAGAGGCUUAAAACAGACGGAAACUGUAAUUCAAGGGCAUUAAGGUAGAACGUGGUCAUUUCAGCACGGACUGCCAAUAUCUUUCUGCUACUAUACGAAUGUAAAUGUAUUCACAAGGACUCAUCUCAACCUGCGUGAGGGUGGACAUGAAUAUAAAGAUACAGCCUGCUGGGAUGUCCGACGAUGCAAAUGUGCGGCGGAGCCGUGCGAGUCGCUAACAGGCGUAGCACUGCGGUGACAACACACAACAAAACCGA